AAACGAGAAUGAACAGUCGGUGAUAGGACUUCGUCGAGACGAGAACAAGUUUUGCUUCUUGAAGUCAACAGAGGCUGUGCCAUUAUUGUGUUUAUUUCUAAUUCAAAACAUUGUGGAUGUUCUUGACUUGUAAAAUGGUAUUCGUUUAACUGUUCAUUUGGAGAUACCAGAAUGUUUUUCCAAACUAUUGCAACCCAGCUGGUCUGGUUCGGGUUAGUUAUUGCACUUCCCGCAAACGAUCGCUUUGAGGGUGAUCGGUGCAAGCUGGUGGAUGGUGUCACCAAUGGAAUUUGUCGGCAUCAUUCGGCCUGUCCGUACCUGAAGAAAGUUCCAAACAAAGACUGGGUAACCUGUUCUUUCGAUAAAGAUCAACCGAUCGUAUGCUGCCGGGAGGAGCAAACAAGUGGUUUUCUUUCGGCAACCCAAGUGCGGGUUUCUUCAAAAAGUGAGCUUAAGUGUGAAGCGUUUCCGGAAACAUCAGAGAUUAAUGAGCAUAUCUGGAAUGGCGUGGAGGCAGCGGCUGAUGAAUUCCCUCAUGUUGCUGCUCUGGGAUAUCCUGCCAAAAACGAGGAGACCCUUUUCCGUUGUGGAGCUAGUCUCAUAUCCGACCAGUACCUACUAACAGCCGCUCACUGUCUUAUUCCGGAGAGACCGACCUUUGCUCGCCUUGGUGUGACCAAUCUAUUCAAAUACAACGAAAACGAUCCUCCUGUGGAUGUGGCGAUUCAGGAUGUGGUCAUACACCCGAAAUACACCGCUCGACCGCUGACGAAUGACAUCGCUUUACUGAAGUUGAAUCGUACCAUAACGGAACCGUUUCUUAUACCAGCAUGUCUCUAUACCAAGGAAACCGAUCCACCGACGAAUGUUUCCCUAUCGAUCGAAGGCUGGGGCAGUACAGAUCCUAACGAUAUCGGCAUAUCGCCGGUUCUGUUGAAGGCGAACGUCACCUCGCUGAAUCGGGACGCCUGUAACGAUACACUGUCAAAGGAUAAAUCGCGUCGUAGCGCCGGUGAACUACAGAACACUCAGCUGUGUGCGCUGGGACGAAACGCCAAAAACGAAACCGUCGGGGAUACCUGUGUGGGUGAUUCCGGAGGCCCACUGGAGCUGAUUCAGUCCCGCAAGCGCUACAUUGUGGGAGUUACAUCCAACGGGAAGCUGUGCGGAUCGAGUUGGCCUGGUAUCUACACCCGAGUUUCGCAUUAUCUUGAUUGGAUCGAAUCGAUCGUGUGGCCUAACUAGAUAAUUCAAGCACAGAUGAGCAAAGUGAGAAAAAAAAUUAGUUUCCAAAGGUAAUAAAGAUUUGAACAAAA